CAAGUGAUAGUAUAUCUGAUUACUAUAAAAGCUAUUUUGAUAAUGAUUGUGAAGGUAAUUGUAAUGAUGAUUGUGAGACUGAAUGUUGUGAUAAAAUAUUCAAUGAUACUUAUAAAGCUGAAUAUUAUAAUAGUAGUAGUAAUUAUUAUUAUAAUCGAUUUAAUGAUAAUAUAAUUCUUUAUAAAGAUAGAGUAGCAGUAGUUUUUUGUGAUCUUAAUUCAUCUUUGAUAUCAGAAGGGCUAUGA